ACGUUCAUCAGAUUAGGACUAAUUGGUGGCUAGCAGACCUCAUAAAAAGGAGUGUGUAGGCCCAGCCCGCGGUCGUUGUUGUGACAUUUGUUUUAGGCUGACUGUCCACAUCAUGGCGUUUUCCCUGCCGUCUGUUGCCUCCUUCCCACAGAGAAGCGAUGCCCGCAGGCCUGAGACCCCAGACACCGACUCUCCAGCCCUGUCUACCUGCAGCAACGCAGACAUCUUCCGCAGAAUGAACACCAUGCUGGGCAACGCUCUGGACUUCACCGGGGUGUGCACCACGCCGAACAGCACCAAGCACAAGUCCGACCUGCUCUGCGAAUCGGAGCUGGCCGCUGUGGGCAGCAGGAGGAUGCUAUUUCCCAACAGCGGCAGCAUACCCAGCUCCCAGGACAUCCCUCUACCCCGCGGCCCGUCGGGUGUCACAGACCUGGGCCUGGGGCUGCAGUCGCUCCGUCUGUCCGGCUGGGACAGACCGUGGAGCAGCCAGGAGACGGACUCGCACUCUCCUUCAUCCCAGGCUCAGAGCAGCUCUUCCUCCAUGCUGGGCAUGCUGAACAACCCCUUCAGUAGCAUCCUGGGGAAGCCCCUGGGCUACCUGCCCCAUGAGUCCAUGAGUAUGACUGCGGACUUCCUGGAGAAGUUCCCGGGCAUGGCGCGCAUGGCAAACCGGCUGGACUCCAGCUCCUUUGUGGACUCUCGCUCCAGCAGCCCUGAAGACUCCGAGACCAGUGGCUUCAGCUCUGGAUCAGAUCACCUCUGCGACAUGCUGUCCACGCUGCGCAUCUCCCCUCCACUGCCUUACGUGACGUCCAACAUGCAGAAGGACUUGCUGCGGCUGGGCUCACGACUGGACCCCCAGGACACGAGCUCUCCUCUCACCCCGCCGCCCAGUGCCAGCCCCGCCUCAACAAUCUCCCGCCGCUGGCGCACCGGCUCUCCGUGGCCGGGCUCGGACAUGCUCGACCAGACCGACGAUACGUUCAGCAUCGAGAGGGAGGCCCGCCUGCACAGACAGGCUGCAGCGGUGAAUGAGGCCGCUUUCACUUGGAGCGGUCAGCUGCCUCCCAGAAACAACAAGGAUCCCAUUUACUCCUGCAAGGUCUUUCUCGGUGGCGUGCCCUGGGACAUCACUGAAGCUGGACUGAUCAACACCUUCAGUGGGUAUGGCCCUCUGACUGUGGAGUGGCCGGGUAAGGAUGGAAAGCACCCCCGCUGCCCUCCUAAAGGUAAUGUAGCUAAAGGCUACGUCUACCUGGUGUUUGAAAAUGAGAAGUCUGUGAGGGCUCUGCUCCAGGCAUGCUCCCAGGAUCCCUUUCACCCAGAGGAUAACCGGGAGUACUACUUCAAGAUGUCCAGCCGCAGAAUGCGAUGCAAGGAUGUCCAGGUGAUCCCUUGGGUGAUCUCUGACAGCAACUACGUGCGCUGCCCCGCCCAGCGCCUGGACCCCAGUAAAACGGUGUUUGUGGGCGCUCUGCACGGCAUGCUGAACGCCGAGGCGCUGGCCAGCAUCAUGAACGACCUGUUCGGAGGGGUCAUGUACGCUGGCAUUGACACGGACAAGCACAAGUACCCCAUAGGCUCUGGACGUGUCACCUUCAACAACCAGCGCAGUUAUCUGAAAGCUGUGUGCGCCGCGUUUGUGGAGAUUAAAACGCCAAAGUUCUCCAAGAAGGUCCAGAUCGACCCCUACCUGGAAGACUCCAUGUGUCAAGUUUGCCUUCGUCAACCUGGACCUUUCUUCUGCCGAGACCAGGCCUGCUUCAAGUACUACUGUCGCUCCUGCUGGCACUGGCAGCACUCCAUGGACGUGCUGAGCAACCACCGGCCCCUCAUGCGCAACCAGAAGAACCGGGAUUCCAACUAAACCAAGAGUCCUGACACUCUGAGUGGGAGGAAGGAGCGCCCCUGUGUGGGGUGACGCUGCUGCCCGCCGAGGAGAGCACGUGUGCUGCAUGUCCCUCAGUAAGGGGCACAGGGCACGCCACCAGGCACUGGGAUUCACUGUUGGAAAUGUUCACGUUUGCACUUGGCUACAUUUUUGCUGUUCAGUGGCACUAUGCACAGUGACCUUGUUGGGAAGACAAGGGGCCCCCCCCCUCACACGUUAAGCAUUUUCUAAGACUUAUGGCCACACAUGAGAGUCGGUGGAUGAAAAUGCCUUUUUUUUUUUUUUUUCUUUCCCCUUUUUUGUUUUUGUUUACAUGUAUUGCAUAGUGAUGAGCAAUCAGGCAAGUCUCAUCGCCGUUCAUUGGCAAAUGCCAUACAGUGCCUUUAAAUUUUUAUUUUCCCCCCCACUUCCCUCCCCUCAGCCCAGUUGGCGUCCGUUUUUUCCUGUGCAAGUCAACUGGUGUUUCUUACUUUUUUGGGAGUUGAAUGUUGGGCUUCAUUUAACCAGUCGCAUUUCAGACAUUUUUACGCAGUUUUUUACUAAUUUGUACACAAACGGUUUUAAGUCAUUACAUGAAAAUUUUGAACAAUUCUACCAGGUGGCUGUUUAAGGGGAACAUCCCUUUUAUUUUUUUUUUCUUCCUCAUACAUUUUCAGGUUUUUUUCUUUUUAAUUUGCCCUCCCAAAUUUCAACUGAAUGGGCACAAUGUCGGACAACUUUAAUUUGCUUUGAUCCAGUUUAAACGUGCAUCAGUACUACUGGAUGCGUCUCAACUCGUGAGCCGUCACUUAAAUCGACGGGUCCAGUUGUGACAGGAGUGAAUAUUUGAUUAGUUUUUUUGCACUUUUUAAUUUACACGUGUGGAGAGGUGGCAGUGGUUUUUAAUCACUUUUGUACAUCAGCGGGGAGACAUGCUUUAUUUUCAAACAGCUGCUUUUUUUUUUUUUGCUUGUUUCCUGUUGAAUGUAAGAACUUCCACUGCGCUGAUUAUCUGUCAGAGCUUGAGUAGACCCUGAUAAAUUGCCCCUUGCUUUUUGAGUUUGCCUUUCUGUUCCAGUUGGACUAAAAUGCAUAAGCUGUGUGCCAAAGACGACGCGUCUUUACUUUAUCCACUGGGUUUGUCAUGCUGAGCUUAUUGUCCUUUAGCCCAGCUGCUUUUUAAGGUUUGAAAGUCUACCUCAUUGUGGUCUGCCAAGUUUGCUGCUACUUAACAGUUGUGGUGUAUGUUCAGAUUGGGCACAAUAAAGGUGUUUAAGCAUUA